AUGUAAACAGAUACACUUAUAUCAUAAAUUCCCAGGCAACCUUCUUUAGACUUUUACGUUUCACGAUUUGAUUUCGCGCUGAAAUUAGGGUUUUGAAUCAUAUCAACCGCACCGCCGCCUGAGGACGAGGACGAGGAGGUCGCAGUAGCGAUGUCAUACGAUGAUGUGGAAAUCGAGGAUAUGGAGUGGAGCGAGGAGCUCCAGGCUUACACUUACCCGUGCCCCUGCGGCGAUCUCUUCCAGAUCACGAAGGAGGAUCUGCGAAUUGGCGAGGAAAUUGCGCGCUGCCCUAGUUGCUCGCUUUACAUAACCGUAAUUUACAACAUGGAAGAUUUUCAGGACAAGUCCCACAAAAAAGUCGAGCCGCAGCCGGUCGGCGUCGCUUGAGAAUUCUCAGUUCACUCAUUAAUCAAUACGAAUUCUACUGGAGCAUAUAGUUCUAGAGACAAUACUUUUUAAAUUGGAGCUGAGAAGCGUGAGAUUUGGUCCCCUGUUGAAUCGAUUGAUUUCAAGUUUGUUGUUUAUUAACAGUUAUUGAUUAGCUUUUCUUUUCUUUUUUAUAACCUGUAAUAAACAAUUGUGACUUUCCUCUCAGGCAGCCUUUAAAUGGUGAACGCCAUCAGCUAUAUUUGUCAAAUUUACUUUGUUCUAUAGCUUCCCCGUUUGUGAUUUAAUAAUGGCUGCAAUAUCUCACUUGAUACAAUUCAUGCAAACUAAUUGUGUGUGGUUGAUAUUGUUGCGAAUUCAUUUCCGCUAUUGUUUGGUUCAACUUUUUCAAUCCUUUUUCCAGUUAAUAUGUGUAAUUAAAAUCUUAGUAGCAGUUUCUACAAGGCCAACUUUCAUGGUUGCUCUCACAAAUAAUAGUAAGAACGAAAUUAGGGCAAGAGAAGUCCACCUAUUAAAUUUUUUGUUUGAUAUCCAAGGCAACUUAAUUAUCAUCCGGGUCAAUUUUAUUGUACUGUAAAUCUGUAGUUAUAUAUAGGAGAAUACCUGUACUGUGAGUUUGUGAUCUCACUGUAAAUGUUAUAGGAGAAGAAUGUCAUCUUGGGUGAUUUUCAUAUCUAUAGUUUGAGGUAGGGCUAGAAAACAAAUCAGGUAGGGUUCGGGUUCGGGUCUACUAUAAACGUGUUAGAAAACCUUUGAUCUGAACCUGACCCAUUUAAUUAAACGGAUUGAUAUAUGCAACCUUAACCUGACCUUCUAUUAAUCGAGUCAACUUGAAUCUGACAUGAAUCUGACCUGUAUAACCUGUUUAAAUCUAAAAUUUU